AUGGAAUCUGUGUCAGAUGACCCAAAUUCAAAAUUAUACAAAGUACUUCACCGAGAAAAGACUGCUAAAUUGUGGAACAGUGCAUUUAAAGAACACUCACAGAAGUUUCCAGACUGUGAUGGUCCACUGGACUGGAAUCAGCAUGGGGAGGAAAAACGAGGCCUGGCAUGGAUCCUUUCCAUUCGAUGUAAGAAGUGCAACUAUACCAGUCACCGAGAAAAGCUUUACGAAGAGGUGAGAAGAUCUGGCAGGGGACGAAGAGCUGCACAGCUGAAUGUGGCCAUGGCUGUCGGUCACCUGGGUACCAGUCUUACAACAGAGGGUAUGCGUGGUAUGCUUCUUGGUGCAAAUAUUGAACCAGCGUCAGCCGCCAAUAUGCAACAGACCUGCAACAAAGUGGGGAAAAUUAUAACCGAUGUAAAUAAAAACAGUAUGAAGAAAAUUCGGCAGAAUAUUCAAGAACUUAAUGAAAAAUGUGGACUUCCGGAUACCCCCAUCAGAGCGGAAGGAGAUGCUCGGUACAAUAAUGCCACCUUCAGUGCCAUUGGGAAAACCCCAUUCCAGGCUGCCACCCAAGUGACAUAUACCGUAAGUGAAAAUGUAACCCAGAGGAAGAAUGUGGUAGCAGUUUUCUGUGGGAAUAAACUAUGUAAGAAAGGCGCUCACCUACGAAGCAAAGGAAAAGAAGUUACCUGCCCAGGACACAAAGACUGCACUGCAACCAUUCCUCCGGAGACCACCAUUGGAGACGAGAAGAGAUGGGCCGCUAAUUGUGUUGGUGAGUUACAAAGUGAUGACCGGCCACUAGUCAUAUCCCAUUUCACCAGUGAUGGAGACAGUACGUGCCGCUGCAUCUGGUGCAUCUGA